AGGGGUAGUUUGCCCCCCCCCCUCACAAGUGCGCCACAAGUACGGAGCAGUGCACGACAUGGCACCUGUCCUCAAACUGUGUCUUUUCAUGGUCGCGUCGGCGUUUUUGCAACUUGCCAACUCGACCAGCCUCAACGAAACCAUAUAUGCGGUGACGGUGAGCUCCCAGGUAAAGGGUGGCGCCUCGGAGACCCUGUGUGCACAGAUUCACGGCCCUACAGAGCCCGUCACUCUGACUGUGACUCUGAGCGUGGAGUCGAGCAACACGGUUCUGCUGAAGGAAGCCAUCACACAGGACUAUUACCACUGCCGAACCUUCCAGGUCCCUCUGGUGAGUUUCAGUACCGUGGCUACUGUCAAUGUCAGCGUCCAAGGGGAGAGUGACACUAUGUGGAAGAGCACUAAAAUCCUCAUCAAUCCUCCAUCCUUCAUCAAUGUCAUCCAGACUGACAAACCUGUGUAUAAACCGGGACAGACUGUCCAUUUCAGGAUUGUGUCUCUUGAUGCUGAUUUCCUCCCUAUAAACCGUGUGUACAAGACAGUGGAACUUCAGGACCCCAACACAAAUCGCAUUGCUCAGUGGUUGGACCAGUCAGUUGUUAGUGGCAUCCUUGAUCUUUCCCACCCCAUGAAUCCUGAGGCAGCACAAGGAAGCUACAUGAUCACAGCAUGGACUGAGAAAGGACAACAGAUAUCUCACAGCUUCGACAUCAAGGAAUAUGUUUUGCCCAAAUAUGAGGUGAAGGUUCACCUCCCUGAUGUGAUUACCAUCCUGGACCAAGAAGCGACGCUAAGGGUUUGUGGAAAAUACACGUAUGGGAAGCCAGUCCUUGGUUCAGUCCAGAUGUCCGUUUGCAGGAAAGCUUUCCGAUAUUUCUGGUUUUCAGAUGAAGUGCAAAAAGACAUCUGCAGGGAGUUUAAAUUGAAUACGGACAGAAAUGGCUGUGCGGCACAAACUGUGAACGUGACAGAGUUUUCUGUGAAUCACAGAAUGUUUGAGGACAGAUUUGAGGUGCUGGCUGAAAUAGAGGAGUAUGGAACUGGUGUCAUCUUGAAAGGCAGGGGCCAGGCCCCCUUCACCGGUACCAUCAGAAUCAUCAAUUUUGAGAAUGUACCUGCAGCAUAUAAACCAGGGAUCGCAUUUGAAGGAAAGGUCAAACUCACUGGUCCAGACUCCAGACCUGUGGCCAAUGAAGCCGUGUACCUGUCUGCCAGCAGCGACGGAGGUUCAGUGAACUUAACUCUCACCACCGACAAAAAAGGCACAGCUUCAUUUUCUCUGGACACGUCCCUCUGGAGAGAUAGUGUAUUUCUGCAGGCAAGGUCCAGAAAGAAAGAUGAGGAGGAGCACUACGUGCUCAGCUUGCGUAGACCAACGUACGGGUCGGUCUUCCGGGUCAUUUCAGCCUUCUACUCCAAAAGCAAGAGCUUUGUGAAGCUCAUGCAGGCCAGCGGGACGCUCCCUUGUGACAGGGAUGCUGCUGUGCGUGCCAAGUACAUCAUUCAGGGGGAGGAGCUAAAGAAGGGGCAGGAAGUUCUUGACUUCUUCUACUUGGUGAUGUCCAAAGGUGGAAUUGUGCAGCAUGGCCGUCUGCCAGUGGAUGUUAAAACAGGAAUGGUCAACAAGGGAGAGAUAUCUGUAUCUCUGAAGCAGACAAUAAAUCUUGCGCCAUAUGCCCAGGUGGUAGUGUACACUGUGAUGUUCAGUGGCGAAGCUGUUGCAGAUAGCCAGGACUUCCCGAUUCAGCCCUGCUUCAAUAACAAGGUCUCCCUGAAGUUCUCCUCCACCCAGGAGCUCCCAGGAGAAAAGACUUCGUUGAACCUACAGGCUCAGCCAGGUUCUCUGUGCUCUGUUAGAGCUAUUGACCAGAGCGUUCUCCUGCUGCAGCCAGAGCAGGAGCUGACUGUCACCUCUGUGUACGAACAACUUCCUAUACAGAAGCUGUCAGGAUACUCCUAUCAGGUGGAGGACUUUGACCCCUACCCCUGCCUGCACCCACGUCCUGAACCUGAGGCUGAGAUAGAUGUGGAGCCAUUCAACCGAAGGAAGCGCUCCAUCUUCUUUGGACCAAAUGAUGAGAAGAAUGAUGUCUACAGUGUCUUUAAAGAAAUUGGAAUCAAGCUUGUUACCAACUCUGAUGUGAAAAAACCUUUAAGCUGUGAACCAGAGACGAUGGCAUUAGCUUAUGAAGAUGCCGUAGACUCCCCAGUUCCCAUGGCCAUGAACACGAUGCCAGGAAUUGCAACCCUAGAUGAUGAUCCAAUAACUAAAGCAGCGGAGGUGAAGGAGACCGUUAGGACCUAUUUCCCUGAGACCUGGAUCUGGGACCUGGUCCCUGUUGGGGACAAUGGAUCGGUGAGUGUUGAGAAGACGAUCCCUGACACCAUCACUAAGUGGGCAGCUGGAGCCUUCUGCACUUCCUCCGUAGGCUUUGGUCUGUCUCCCAACACCGGCCUGACUGCCUUCCAGCCUUUUUUCGUCAGUCUGACCAUGCCUUACUCUGUCAUCCGUGGAGAGGUGUUCACACUCAAAGCUACCGUCUUCAACUACCUCUCCAAAUGCAUCAUGGUGAAGGUAACUCUAUCAGAUUCAGAGGAGUACACCUCCAGAGAGUGUGAUGGCUGCCUGUACAGUGUGUGUCUGUGUGGAGAGGAGAGCACCACCUUCAUGUGGAUUGUCACACCUACCGCCCUUGGUGAAGUAAGCCUGAAGGUUAGCGCUGAGGCCCUGAAGACGAACCAACUGUGUGGAAACGAGGUCACCACUGUCCCUGAAAAAGGCCGGAUCGACACAGUUGUCCGCACAUUGCUAGUGGAGGCCGAAGGAACACCGCAGACGGUCAGCCACAACGCCCUCCUCUGCCCCGCAGAGGGACCAGUAGAGAAGAACAUCUCUCUCGUGCUCCCGGAGAUGAUUGUGGAAGGCUCUGCAAAGGCCGCCGUCUCUGUGCUGGGUGACCUGAUGGGCCGGGCCACGAAGAACUUGGACAAGCUUUUAGCCAUGCCUUAUGGCUGUGGCGAGCAGAACAUGGUGCUGUUCGCACCCAACAUCUACAUCCUCAAUUACCUGCGCAGCACCGGUCAGCUCACCAAGGAGAUUCAGGACAAGGCAACACAUUUCUUGGAGAGUGGAUACCAGAGGGAGCUCAACUACAAACAUGAUGACGGGUCCUACAGCGCCUUUGGCAAGAGUGAUGGAUCUGGCAACACCUGGCUGACUUCUUUUGUGAUGAAGUCAUUUGGUGAGGCAAGGCAGUUCAUCUUUGUGGACCCCAAGCACAUCUCAGAUGCCAGCAUGUGGCUGGCCAGCCACCAGCGGAAAGAUGGCUGCAUCAACUCCGUGGGGAAGCUCUUUCACAACGGCAUGAAGGGAGGGGUGAGCGAUGACGUGUCCCUGACUGCUUACAUCACUGCUGCUCUGCUGGAGCAAGGUCCCAACUCAACUCAUCCCAUGGUGGAGAUGUGCCUGGGAUGUCUGAAGGCUGCAGUAGCAGGCCAGCUGGACAACAUGUACACCACAGCCCUGCUCUCCUACACCUUUACUCUGGCUGGAGACCAGGAAAUAAGGAGCAAACUCCUCACGUACCUGCACCAGCACGCCAGCACCGAGGGGGGCACCCGUCACUGGAAAAGAGCAGGGGCUUCCAGUAAGAAACUGGACUCUCUGGAGGUGGAAAUGACAGCCUACGUCCUGCUGGCUCUCCUCUCUGGUCCAGUGUUACCAGGCUUUGGUUUGGACUAUGCUGCUGGUAUUGUCCGCUGGCUGGUACAGCAGCAGAACCCGUAUGGGGGCUUCUCCUCCACACAAGACACAGUGGUGGCCCUUCAGGCAUUGGCCAAGUAUGGUGCUGCCACCUACAGUCCGGAGGGUGCCACUACAGUCACUGUCACUUCCUUGGGAGGGCUGAAGAAGAUGUUCACUGUUGACCAGAGCAACAGACUGCUUUACCAGGAGGAGCAGCUGACCGAGGUCCCUGGAGAAUACAAAGUCGAGGCCCAAGGACAGAGCUGUGUGCUAGCGCAGAUUGCCCUGCGUUACAACAUCCCCCCUCCCCCUGACUUCUCUGCCUUCAACAUCUCUGCUAACGCCAUUGCCAAAUGCAACAUCACCAGACCUCAAAUCACCGUCUUUGUGGAUGUCAGGUACGUGGGCCGGCGGGAGGAGACCAACAUGGUCAUCAUCAACAUAAAGCUCCUAUCUGGAUACAUCCUGCAGAAGAGCUCCCUCAAGCUUUUGAAGAUGGACCGUUCAGUGAAGCGCGUGGACGUGGAGGAGGGAUAUAUCAACAUCUAUGUAGAUGCGCUGAAAAAGGAUGAGACCAAGACAUACGGUGUGAUGAUGGAGGAGGACAUACAAGUCAGGAACCUGAAGCCAGCUGUGAUCAAGGUGUAUGACUACUACCAAACAAGUGACGAGGCUGUCUGCAGCUACACCUCCCCAUGUGCUGAGAGCGACAGUAUCAACGAGCUGUAAAAAUGAGGAUAUCUUCUUGUGGCGUAUUGGACCAGACGUCAAGCAAGAAUCACUGUUUCAAUGAGAGCUCAUAAAACGAGUCUUUAUUUUCCCUCCUUUUUAACACUUUCAAUCUGUGUUGGCAUUUUUUUAAGUAAAUUUCACGAUACAACUGUAGGAAUGAAGAAAUUUUUGUGCUUUUACUUUUUAUGAAAUUUUUAAAAAAGGGUUUUUUUUUUCCCCCUCUGACAUACUCUUGCAAGCUAGGCAUGAUAAUGUCAGAUAUGAUGGGUAGUGACACGUAAGUUCUCUUGUGUAAACUUUCCACUAGUAAUCCUUCUGACACUGAAAAAAUGAAGCUUAAUUCUAACAGGGGAGCAAGAAUUCAAGACAUGUACACAUUGUUCAAUAACUGUUGGGUUUUUAAUAGAUUUAACAAACAUGAUAUUGUUCACAUGUGAAAGUGACGCACGAGAUGCACAGAGUACCGUUAAAACAGUGUAUGGUCCGGGAAGUCACUGUGAGUAUGUGUGUGUGGGACUAACAGGCUCUACGUUUAAGGAAAAUAAAAUGUGGUGUGUUGAAAUACUGGAGUGCUUGAUGAGUUAUCCUGUGUGUACGUGCUUGUGUGUAUUUGCUUUCUGCUGUACCUACGAAUAAAAAAAAAACAAAACAUUAUUUCCAAAAAAAAAAAAAUCAAAUAACUGACAAUAAAAGUUUCUAAAUGACAAAAAUAAGUAAAAAAUAGUAUUUUUUUUGUAGAAUACUGUUUUAAUAGUGAAAAUGACUUUUCAUUCAGGCAGUAUUUUUGCCCCAUGGUUUCCUCUCUUCUCAACAUGAAUAUUGUGUGUACCACCUACUAUCAACAGAUUGAUUGAACCAACUUGUCAAUGCUGAAUAGUUUGGUUUGCACAUAUGACAGUGUAAGGAAACAUAAAGGCAAGGGGGAAACAUAUAUAUAUUAAGGUCUUUUCACUAGUCUUCUCCAUAGAAAGCAUUGCUCACUAGUACUCGGGCAUCGUAACCAUAUAAUACCAGAAGUCACCAGACGUGUAACACAUGAAACUAAACAGUUCCACAUGCUCUAAAUCACCGCAUCUUCCUACCGUCACCACGAAACGGUAUCCAAUUACAAAAAAAUGUCACGUUUUACAGCCUGACCGAUUAAAUGGGAUGUUAUGAAUAACAAUCCAUAAUGUUGACACUGGGCUUACCCAGUCGAGCUUCCUCCUCAUCGUGUAUUCAGGCCCCGAGUCACAGCGGGAAUGAGAUCCCCAGACUUGAAUUAUUUUUUUGGUAAUAAAGACAGACGUACUUUGUGUCAUUGUACAAGUGUCAAGUUCACAACAGCAAUAGUACGUGAUUUUAUUUGCCAACGUUGGGGGGAGUGGGGGGGGUGUCUUGACUGACAAAUGGAUAAUGGAAUACAUCAAUAUAUUUCACUGAAGUGGCAAAAUUAAGAGAUUCCAAAUGUUUCCAAGGCCUUUUGUUUUCCGCUGUUGAACGACGCCGGCUGGCAGAAUCUCCCUCGUCAUGGUGGAGACGAUCUGUCCACAGUCAAUUUCAACAAUGGGAAAAUAAAACGCACGCUUGAUUGUAGCCUUCCAGCAAAGCUCUGCUAGACGGACAGAAAAGGUAACCGACAUUUUAUCAAGGCACAGUUCUGAAUUGCAUUAGUCCAUAAAUCAUCAAUUUGAAAUGGUCCACAAAGUCCUGCAAAACGUGGCCUCGCUGACACCCUCCGGCUGUUGUCGAUUUAGGCUGGCAGUGAUGAUGGCUGCUUUCAGAGUUGGGGGGGGGGGGGGUCGAGUUAGAUCAAGAUAGCAUUACUUGGCAACAGACUAGAAUUUUCCUAUACAGCACAUGUAUAUGCGUGCACACAUCGAUGUGCGGCUCCGAACCGUAGUUGGUAAUAUGAAACGUACAGUACAGUAGACAGCGACAGUCCUGCUCCCAACAAUCACAGAUCAACUGAGAGUGUGAGAACGCCAGAGUAUAUUAACUCCUGAGGUGUGGUGUACAAAAGAAAAAAAAAAGGGGGGGGUAUUUGGAUAGCAUGGGCAAGGUUUAGCUCAGGGUACCAUAAAAGCCCUAUGAACGGCAUAAGAUGUUGUGGUGUAAGACUAAAUAGGCUGGGGUAACAACGUGAGCUGACUGGUGUGCACUCGGUGGAUCCUCCACUAAGUUUGGCUAUAUCGAGUCUGAUCCUUUUCAGACUUGUAACUGCCUCUAGAUAAAUAACUGGAUCGUUACCGUGUCCCUAGUGAUUGACUUCUACUAUCUCUAGAUUUGUACAACAUUUCAAAUAAGCAUCUUUUGAAAUAUAUUUCUAAAAUAAUUACACCUUUGAGUAAAGAUUACAUGAAGUCAUUUUUCCAUCGUCAUUGUGAGGCAUACCAAGUGAUAACCAUCUGUUAAAAGCAAAGACGAGCGACCCAAAAACAAAAAACAAAAACAUUGGCAAUACGUCAUUUGGCAAUUUUCGGUGAUGGGUACAAAAUUAUAGAAGAAAGAAAGAAAAACAAUACAAAAGAAUUAAGCUAUAAUAACUAUAACAAGAUCUCCAUUUGGCAAUAUAGAAAGGCUUUUUAGUCUUUGACAGGUAUACAUUUUGGUUUAUAUACACAAAAGGAGUUUGUGUGUGUGUGUCCUCCACGGGCUCCCUUUUUCAAUCCAACUAGAAUCAGGUAGAAAAUGCAGUGAUGAAAAUGUGUACAGUAAAAAAGUGAAGAUUUUAAAUAAAAAAAAAUAAAAAAAGAAAA